CGUACAGGCUCCUUGUCUCCCUGCCCACCGCAGUCCCAGCAUGGCGGGCCUUGGGGCCCUGCGCUUGGGUGUCCGAAGUUUGCACUGUGGCGCGGCGAUCCAGGCUGGAAGCAAGUGGAGGCUGCAGCAGGGUCUCCCCGCCAGCCCUUCGGACUACGGACCCCUCACAGAGCUGCCGGACUGGUCCUUUGCAGAUGGACGCCCCGCACCCAUGAUGAAGCGUCAGUGUAAUCGCCUGAAAAACAGAGAGAUGUUUGCGAGGCGUGUGGUGCUCCUGUCUCAAGAAAUGGACGCUGGGAUGGAGACUUGGAAGCAGAAGCAGGAGGAGAAGUACCAGGAAAAGAAACUGAAGCAAGAAAGCCGCCUCAAACCCAAGGGCAGGGUGGGGAAGACCCCACACCCCAAUUAAUAAAUCUGUUACCCCCUC